GAAGAGAUUUGGGGAUAUAAAAUGAAGGAACUCUGGCAUGCAGCACUUUUGAGUUCAUAUUAUGAACGUCAUCAGCUUCAUGCCACAUUAAUUAGACUCAUAGUGUAGUCUAAUCACUCGAAAACAAGCGAGAGCGUUUGUGUCUCACUGCAACCUCAAAAUAAUUCCUCACCCGGUCUCUUUGGCACUUCUGUCUGUAGCGCGAACCUCACAGCGCAGCCAUGGCCGGCGACGAUCAGCGGGCGCUACAGUAUGAACAAACUUUGAUGUAUGGUCGCUACACACAGGAGCUGGGGGUGUAUGCUAAAGAAGAGGCAGCUCGCCUGAGGGAAGAGGGGGGGCGGAGGCGCUCGGUCACAGAACGCUCACGCUCCCUGGAACUCCUUGAGUACGACAAGGGCCGCUGCGCCAAGUGUCGCAGGUCAGGGUAUCCCUACACUCAGGCUCCACCCCGGGACUUUCUGUCUGUCUGUACGUUGCGCUGUCAGAAGUUCCUCAUCUCUCGUGUUGGUGAAGACUGGAUCUUCCUCAUCCUCCUCGGUCUACUCAUGGCUCUGGUCAGCUGGGUGGUCGACUUCGCUAUCGCCAUCUGUCUACAAGCACAGAAGUGGAUGUACGGAGGCCUGGAGAGUAAUGUGUUUCUCCAAUACCUGGCCUGGGUCACCUACCCUGUGGUGCUCAUCACCUUCUCAGCUGGCUUCACACAGAUACUGGCCCCACAGGCUGUAGGUUCAGGUAUCCCAGAGAUGAAGACCAUUCUGAGGGGUGUAGUGCUGAAAGAAUACCUCACCUUUAAAACCUUUGUGGCCAAAGUGAUCGGCCUCACCUGUGCCCUGGGCAGUGGCAUGCCUCUGGGAAAGGAGGGCCCGUUUGUUCACAUUGCCAGUCUGUGUGCUGCACUCCUCAGCAAGUUCAUGUCUCUGUUUGGUGGAAUCUACGAGAAUGAGUCGAGGAACAUUGAGAUGUUGGCAGCUGCUUGUGCUGUGGGGGUCGGCUGCUGUUUUGCUGCCCCUAUUGGAGGUGUGCUGUUCAGUAUUGAGGUAACAUCUACGUUCUUUGCGGUGAGGAAUUACUGGAGAGGGUUCUUCGCUGCUACCUUCAGUGCCUUCAUCUUCAGAGUCCUGGCUGUGUGGAAUAAAGACGAGGAGACCAUCACAGCUCUGUUUAAAACCCGUUUCCGUCUGGACUUCCCCUUUGACCUUCAGGAGCUCCCAGCCUUCGCUGUCAUUGGUAUUGCCAGUGGUUUUGGCGGUGCAUUGUUUGUCUACCUGAACAGACUGAUAGUCCAGUUCAUCAGAAAACAGAAGACCAUCAACAAGUUCCUCAUGAAGAAGCGUCUGCUGUAUCCAGCCCUGGUCACUCUGCUGGUGUCUACGCUAACAUUUCCCCCCGGCUUCGGACAGUUCAUGGCAGGCAAGCUGACCCAGAAGGAGUCCCUGGUGACGUUGCUAGACAACCGGACAUGGGCCAAGCAGGGCAUAGCCGAGGGGUUUGACUACAUCGGCAACUCCCAGGCCUGGAAUCACCCCCAGGUCAAUGUCUUUGUCACCCUCGUCCUCUUCAUCGUAAUGAAGUUCUGGAUGUCUGCUCUGGCCACCACCAUUCCUGUGCCAUGUGGAGCCUUCAUGCCCGUCUUCGUCAUUGGGGCAGCGUUUGGCCGUCUGGUCGGGGAGAGCAUGGCCGCCUGGUUCCCUGAUGGCAUCCACUCUGAUGGCACCAUCUACCCCAUAGUGCCAGGAGGGUACGCAGUUGUGGGUGCGGCGGCCCUGUCUGGAGCGGUGACCCACACGGUGUCGACGGCGGUCAUUGUGUUUGAGCUGACGGGUCAGAUCAGCCACAUCCUGCCGGUGAUGAUAGCGGUAAUACUGGCCAACGCCGUGGCCCAGUCCCUCCAGCCCUCGCUAUAUGACUCCAUCAUCAGGAUCAAGAAACUACCCUACCUCCCUGAGCUGGGCUGGGGACACCAUGAGAAGUAUAAUAUUCGUGUGGAGGACAUCAUGAUCAGGGAUGUGACCUACAUCACCCUCAACUGCUGCUACAGAGACCUGCAUGAUGUACUGCUGGCUGGACACCUCAAGACCCUGGCCCUGCUUGAGUCCAGUGAGUCGAUGAUCCUGCUGGGUUCUAUUGAGCGUGCCCAGCUCCAGGCCCUCCUGUCCCUACAGCUGGGUCGGCCACGGAGACUGGAGUACCUGAGAGACCGGGCUACUGCUGAGAAGAAGCGCUUGUCGAUGGUCUCCCAUCCGGGCAGCGAGGACGGCUCCCAGAGGGUUAACCAGGAGGUCCGGUUCCAGAUCUCGACAGAGGAGUCUACCUUCAGUCCCACCCCUACCCACUCUAUGAAGCCACUGAAGCCAGCCCUGAAGAGACCCUCUGUGGUGGACCGCCCCACUGGGAUACCCAUACCCACAAGUCCACAGGACCACUCUAGCAGCACCUUAAAGAAUCUCUUCUGUGUCAACCCUGAGACAGAAGGCCUGGAGAACAAGAAUGUCAACAUCAACAUAGAGGGCACUGCGACUCCUGAGUUUAGGAGGCCACCCAAGCGUGUCCGGAUAUCCGUCGUGGAUGACUUCGAUGUGGAUGAUGACAUGACCAUCAGAGAGAUUGCAGAGUGGGAGGAGAACCAGCUUGACGAGCAGGUGAACUUUGACAACUGCAAGAUCGACCCUGCCCCCUUCCAACUGGUGGAGCGCACCUCACUACAUAAGACCCACACCAUCUUCUCUCUGCUUGGGUUGGACCAUGCCUAUGUCACCAGCAUCGGACGACUCAUUGGAGUGGUGUCCCUCAAAGAGCUGCGGAAGGCCAUCGAGGGCUCUGUGGCGGUAAAGGGGGUGAAGGUGCGCCCCCCUCUGUCCAGUUUCCGGGACAGCGGCACCAGCGGCACCAGCAGCAGCAAUAGUGAGAACGAAGCCACAGAGCUCCACAAGCUGUGGGACCGUCACAAGUCCAUGUCCCUCCCCCGGGAGCACCUGGCCUCCGACUCUGAUGAGAAGUCCCAGUGAGGGGGAUGGGGACAGGGGGAUGGGAUGGUGACGGGUGUGAUAGAGGGUAGAGGAGUAUGAGGAGUGUAGACCCCCCCGCCCCACCUCAAAACCACAACCGAUGCUGCAACCUCAGGGCUUGGAUCAAUACUAAAUUCUGGAAAAUAAAGUUCUCUCCUCCUCCUCUCCUAACCUUCCUCUCCAUCCCUCUCUCCUUUACCCCUCCUCCGAGUGGGCUUUUGGGCCCUGCACUUACUCAACUCUUGAGGCUGAGGGAUGGACUCUGCUCUCGCCCCAACCAGAACAGAAGAAAUCUGGGUGUUAGGGAGGGGAGAGGAGUGUCACUGCUUAACAAAGGUGGUCAGAACAAAAUGUAUAGAAUGUGGUUUGACUAUAAAAGGGAUUGCAUUUUUAUUCUUUUUUUAUAGCAACUUGGGUAUUGGUGAGGAAAUGUUCAAAGUUUGUUUUCAUUUUGUGGACAUUUCUUUCUGACCAGUCUUCCAUAUACAGACGGUUCUACAGUGAUAAGAAGAUAGGCUUGUGUACCGGUAAAGAUGUGAGUGUGUGUAUUGAGUGCAUGUACGUUUUGGUUUGUAUGUAUUUACACGAAGAAGGUAGCGAAACCAACCACCUGCUUUAAUUACUUUGUGAUUUGAAUCUUCUUAUCAGACACAUUUCAAUCUUAUCAUUCCAGCUCUGUCCUAUUUUGUUCCCAUCUGGUUGAGUGACCUGGAACUGGAAAUAAGUAUGGAGGUAGCCUAGCGGUUAGAGCGUUGUGCUAGUAACCGAAACAUUGCUGGUUCAAAUACCUGAGCCGACAGAGUGAAACAUCUGUCUGUGCCCUUGAGCAAGACACUUAACCAUACUUUUAUCCAGGGGUACUGUACUACUAUGGCUGACCCAGUAAUACAACACAUUUCACUCUACAUAUCCAGUGUAUGGGACGAUGCAACAGCUAUAUUUAUGUUUUAUUUUUUUGUCCCUGCCUCUGUAGAAAGAACCACAUACUGUUCUGGUCUCACAUUGGGAGACAUCUUCACCUCUCCUCUCUCUCUCUCUCUCUCUCUCUCUCUCUCUCUCUCUCUCUCUCUCUCUCUCUCUCUCUCUCUCUCACUCUCUCUCUCUCUCUCUCUCUCUCUCUCUCUCUCUCUCUCUACUUUUUUCUGUGUUGCAUUUGUGGGUGAGAGAAUAGUCUACUCUAUGCAAACAGAUGUACAGUAUGUAUGUAGGAAUUAUGUAGAAUGGUGAAAGCAUGUGUGCUAUUAACUCCUUUAAGAAAACACGGCUUCAAACACGCACACACACACAGGUUUUAAUAAGCGCCAGUCUGCACACUCCAAGAGAAGAAGGUUUUCUCUAAAUAUAGCUCUUAAUAACCCUGACUGAGUGUGUUGGGCGAGGGAGGGAGAGAGGAAGAAGGAACGGGGGAAGAGAGAGUGAAUGGAUGGCUGAAAGAUGACAGGAUGAAAUCUUUUCAGUUAUCUAAUCUCCUGCUUUAGGGUGUUUUGCUUCAAUCAAACCCAGGGUAGCUUUCUGGUUGGCCAACUUCACAUCCCCGCUGAAUAUGCCUAUUGUCCAGUAACACUAUGGUGAUCAGAGUAGGGUCAGACCCAGACCACAUAUAGCCAGUUUGAUUAAUGCUGUAAGGUAGCCAACUGACUGAAACUAGAUAUCUGAACUAACUGUCCAAUGACAAACACUAUAGCCCAUGCAUACUGACCAAUAAGAAACCGUCAGCAUUACAGAUCAGUGUUCUAUACAUAACCAAUGACAAACACUAUAGCCCAUGCAUACUGACCAAUAAGAAACCGUCAGCAUUACAGAUCAGUGUUCUAUACAUAACCAAUGACAAACACUAUAGCCCAUGCAUACUGACCAAUAAGAAACCGUCAGCAUUACAAAUCAGUGUUCUAUACAUAACCAAUGACAAACACUAUAGCCCAUGCAUACUGACCAAUAAGAAACUGUCAGCAUUACAGAUCAGUGUUCUAUACAUAACCAAUGACAAAGCACUCCAUUCCUGCUACAGUAUGACUUAUCAAUAGGCCUACUGAUGUAUAGCGCAGCCUAGAGAAGGUUUAGUUAGAUGGUUAGGAGUCUGACCUCUGUGCUUUUUACUUAUUCAUGUAUUUUCCUCACGACAGUCUCUGGCUUAAUGUGCUGCAUGGUUUCCUUAGUCAUUUGAAUGUAUUUAACUUUUAAUUAUGUUUCGCUUGGUGAUUGAAGCUCCAUACUGCACAAGCCCAGUGUGCAGCUUCCAAUCAGAUCUCACACACUCCCUGAAUUGUGGGUCUAUAUAUAUAUAUAUUGUUAGUAUGGCCACUAGUCAUUUUCUUUCCGUCUUUCUUGCUCUCUCGCUCUCUCUCUGAUGAUUAUCAGGCAGGGGUCAUUUUGUGUCGUCUUUCUUUCUCUCUUCUUUGUAAUGUUUGCACUGAUAGGCCUGAUGCCUCUGAAAAGGACUGAGAAGAGUCACUUCCUGUGUCAAACACUCCUUCCACCUGCAGUUGUUGUUAUUUUGAUUUUACUGCUGUUUUCUGCCAGUGACGUCAAGAUUUCUGCUCACAUAUGCAAGCCGAGUGCAUCUGGCUGGUUAUACACAUUCAGGUGCCUUAUUCAGUGCCACAUUGAACAAAGUACACACACACACACACUGACAUUUCAACCACCUGGAUGUGUUAUUGCAUGAAAAGGUUUUAUUUUCAGUGGUGAGUUAUUGCCUUGUUCACUGCCACUGAAAAGAAAAGACACACACUAACCUCUUCAGACUGACAUGCCCAUCCUCACAUGCAGAGACACACUCGCACACCUUGAGUGACAGCAUGGCUUUGCAUGAAGGAGUGCAUGUGACUUUGAAGGCUGUGUUUUUAUAUUGUUAGAAUUAUGACCAGAAAAAGAUUGAAAAUAUGAGAAAUAUGCUCUUGUGUAUAUCAUUUUAAUGGACAAUGUCAUGAUGAUGAUGAUGAUGGCUAUUUGUUAAAUAUGUUGUUUUUAUCCUCCUUUAUUUUGUCUUUUCUCAUUGAAUUCAUUUUGAUCUAGGUUUGAUUGGCAUCAUGCAUUCAUACAAUGAGCUUUAUUCAUGACUUAUUUUGGGAAAGGGGACAGAGCUUUUUGGGGAGGCGUGAAUUUAAAACUUUGCUAUAGGUUUACAGAUUUAAUAUAUUUAACAUAUCAUGGCUGUAAUGUAUGAUCAUUGCUAUCUAUCAAGUUGCUCUUCCUGCAACUCCUUUUUAGUUUUUGUUGCAUAUUGCUCUUCCAUGUCUGAUUGUUAUUAAAAGGUCCAAUGCUCAGUGUUUUUCCAGCCUUGCAGCAUGUACCCAACAUUUCUACAUUGUUAUAUAUGUCAUUUGUAUAAUGCAAGUAACACUAUAACACUAGCAGAAUGAGACCCACUCUCUGAAGUAGCAGGAACAUUUAAGGAAUGUUUAAAGAAUUUUUAAAGGACCCAUGGGGGUUCUAAUGCCCUGUGGUCCGUAUGACAUCAUCAUUUCACAAGUGCCUACAUCAUCUCAGGCCUCUGCAUGAUAACAGGAGUAGGAGUUCUCUCUGUAAAUUAAUGUGAUACGUUUAAGGGAUAGUAAUGUCUACCCAUGUCUCUGCAUUUGAUAGUAGUCAUUCAUACACACACACACACACACACACUAAAGAUGUACACACGCACACAGAGGAGGAGGAGGAUAAUGUGUCCGUGCAGUGUGCAAUUAUCCCUAAUCACCACGGCAACUAGCCGUUGUCAUUCCCCAAGCUAGCUGAAGGGACCAGUGAAAAUACACACUUUUGUUUUGCUUUAGUUUUCAUUAUUUUGUGUUUCUCUGAAGUCACUCUCCUUAUUUUCCCUGUCCUUUCUUUAUGACAUCUCAUUUGCUACCAGAUAGAUAUAGUAGGGCAGGUACAUAUUUAUUAAUAGGUUAAUCAAAAUAGAAGAAGAAUCUGUGAUUUGUUUUUUAUUAUUUCUAUUUUAAUGAUUAGGUAAAUCAACUUGUGCAAUAACGAUUGUUCAUUUCACUUUCUAACCAGAUUUUAAUCUAUGACUUGACAUGAAUGCGAGAACCUUAUUUUUGUAAAGAAAUUGAAAACUGUUAAACAAUAUGUAUGUAUAAGAGGGAAACUAAUGAACGCACAGGUGUGCGUGUGUAGACCUAAGGAAAGAAGGAUGGUGUGUGUGUGUGUGGGAUGAUACACACACACAAUGUCUGUUUGGUCCCAGGCCAUUUCUGGAUUCUGCUGCUUGUACUGUAGCUGCCUGACUCGGGACUGUAUGAUGUGUUAUAGGCCCAUUACGGAAACACAUUGGGGUCAAACCAGACAGAGCUUAACAAGUCCAGUGCUAUUUUUCACAAGAACAAAUAAAACAAUGUUUUGUAUAUCAGGGAUGAAUAAAGAGAUUUUAACAAAUGU